AUGGACGAAAUGAAAAUACAAUCCAACCUUGUUUUCGACAAGGUUAGUGGUGAUCUCAUUGGGUUUGUGGACCUGGGGGAUCCUACAACAAAUGAUGCAUUUGCUGAAGAAGAAAGUGUGGCCACUCAUGCUCUUGCAUUUUUAGUCCGAGGAUUGUGCACUGACAUGAAGCACAUUGUUUCGUACUAUUUCACCAGAGAUGUCACGUCAUUUCAAAUCAUGCCAAUCUUUUGGAAAGCAGUUGCUGUUUUGGAAUUGAACUUGAAUCUUUGGGUAGUUGCAGUUGUGAAUGAUGGAGCAUCUCCAAAUAGAAAGUUCUUCAACCUGCAUUCAAAACUAGCAAAAGAUUUGCAGUGUGAUGUUGUCUAUAAGACACCAAAUGUCUUUGCAACCUCACGCUUCAUUUACUUCUUCGCAGAUUCCCCUCAUUUAAUGAAGACAGCAAGGAACUGCCUUUACAAUUCUGGUCAUGGUUCACGCAGCAGAUAUAUGUGGAAUGAUGGCCAGCACUUGAUCUUCCAACAUAUUGCUGAUCUCUUUUAUAGUGAUCAGGACUGGAAGAAGAGCACAUUGGAACGCGAGGGCAAUUUUUCACCAGAAGAAAGAAGCAAGAUGUUCCUGUCCUGGCAGACAUACGAGGGCUUUAAGAUCUCUGUUCACUCCCACAUUGAGGCAAUCCAGUUUCUUCUGGAAAAAGGCUUCCAGUAUGUCUUGUCUGAGCGAUUCAUGCAAGAUGUACUGGAGGAUUACUUUGGUCACCAGAGAAGCAAAGGAGGAAGAUCUGACAACCCAACAGCCCAGCAAUUUGGCUAUUCUGACCUGACAAUAGCAUCACAGAGAGACAUUGCUCCUGUAGUCCGAGAGAAUGUUGGUGGGAGGUAUGAAAAAAAGAAAUGGUAUGAUGUCAGCGAUGAACCAGUUAUGAAGCGAAAAAAGACAAAAAAAAGCAGUGAACAAACAAAUGAAUAA